AGUUUGAAAAUCGAAUUUUCGAGCUUCCUGUUCAAGUUGGCACGUCUGACGCGCGACCGUUUUAGACUAACCGCUUUUCCAACCGCUCUCGUUGAACAUUUUAUUAAUUCCGACCGCUCCUUGGAGGUGUGUGGUUUUAUUGUUUGAUCGGGCGAGGCAGGCGUUAUCGCGGCACGAGUGGCCGUAUGACAGCUGGCGACCGAGACCAUCGAGCGUAAGGUGUCAAAUUUGAAAUGUAGCGGGUACUAAUAAGCUGGAGACGUGUGACGAGUACUUUGUUUUGCGCCCUUCAUGUACCCGUGAUCUUCGUCGAGAUGAGCGCGACGCAGGACGAGGACGAGCGUAGAAAACGCUCGCUGGAGGCCGGCAGAGAAAUGUUGGAGAAGUACAAGGCAAAACGAUCAGGCAAGGACAAUAGUGGAAAUGUGGAGAACAUGGAACAUUCUGAUGAAGAAUCGUUGAACAAUGACAAGUCCGUGCUGCUCAAGGAGUCUGGGAUAAUUGAAGGCAUAUCCUCAAGAGAUAUAACACACAGCAGCGUUAGCAUUAGCGAGGGAGAGGCUGAUGCAGAUUUGGAGGGACUUGCAGGACGAGUUGCUGAACUCGAAGACUUAUUGCAUGGGAAAGAAGAAAUAGUCGGAGCCUUAAAUGCAGAGAUCGAUCAUUUACGAGCAGAGACAUGCUCCCCAAAUUCAUCUCAGAGUCAAAAUAGCAGUAUACAUGGGAGAGAUAUUAUAUCUCUUUAUCACAUGAAAUUACAGGAGUUUGAAAAGGCAGUAAAUGAACGCGACAACCUAAUAGAACAUUUGACAUCAUCUUUAGAACAAGCGUUAUCUGCUAGAGAUACUGUAACAGCUCAACUUAAUGCCCUAAACUCCAUACAGUUGAACAACCCUGUGACAAACAAUAUGAAUUUGCAACAAAAGAUUGAAGUUUUAGAGACUACAAUGAACGAUCAGGAAGCGUUAAUUCGUCGAUUAAAUACGCAUUUAACGGAUAUUCGUAAGCACGUGCAAACGUUGGAGAUGGAGAGAGAAACGCGAAAUGCGGAAAUCAACGAUUAUAAAGUACAAAUAAAUAAUCUAAAUGAACAAAUUCGCAUUGGCGCCGCAGAGAAGAAUCUGAAUAUUGAUCAACAAUUGGAGCAACAACGACAAUAUGAGGCCCGCGUUGACAAAAUCAAACAAGAUAUGCAGCAUAUAUUGAACAAGUUUACCAUUGUAACAAAUACCAAUGAAGUACGUCAUCAGCAAGAAUUAAAAGAUUUAACCUCAAAGAAUGAAGCUGAAAUUAUGAAUUUAAAAGUCAAGCACGAAGAAUGCAUGAAAAUGUUAAAGGAGGAAAACAAAGUAUUGGCCGAUCGUUUGAACAAGGAAUUGCCAGAUUUGGAAAGCAGACAUGCCAAAGAAUUAUCUGUCUUUCAGACGCAGUUAGCCCACUAUAAGAAAACUGUUGAGGCGUUAAAACUAGAAUUGGUAAAUCACGCAGAAUCACAGAAGGUCGCUCAAUCAGAAGUUCAUAUGUACAAAGCGAAACUCGAUGAAUUAAGAUUUGAAGCGGAAAAUGAACGACGCAUGCAAAAGCUGGAGUUUCAAAAGGAAAAGGAAUUAUUGAAUGAACGGAUUAGACUGCAUAGAAUUCAACUGGAAGAAAUGACGUCAAAGCACAUUACAUCAAUGAGUAUUCUGGAUUCCAAGGAGAGUAUUGAGCGAUCGCUGGAACAGGCUUUAGCGAAUGCCGCUACGCUAAAGCAGGAGAACGAUGCUCUGAAAUUCAAACUGGACGAUUUGUCGUGCAGGUAUUCCGCGGCACAGUCAAUUAUCGAAAAUAGUCAAACGCAUGAAAAAACUCUUAGACUAUCCGAGAUAGAGAGAUCUUUGUCGCGGUUUGAUGCUACGAGUGUAAGCACGGUCAGUGAACUAGGGGAAACAAUGUAUAAAACUUUCGACGAGGAAGUUCUUCAGCAUCAACUAACAAAGCGAAAACUCGAAGAGAAAAUGGAGCUAGAGAGGCAAUUGAUUGAAAAAGUUCGUGUUCUUGAGGCAAAUUUAACCAAAGCAAAUGACCAAUUGGAACAAGUUAAUAUCGCGAAGAAAACAUACGAAAAUGUCGAGCAUGAUUCAACUCGGCGGAUAGAGGAACAACAACGGGAAAUAGAGAGUUUGAAGCUACUAACGGAGCAAAAAGAAUCGGAGAACGCGAGAUAUAAAAAAGAUUUAGCUGAAAUCAUAGAAAGAGCAAAGAAAAAGGAAAUGGAGUGUGAGCAAUUGAAGGAUGGAUUAGCUCAUGCGUGGAAACAAUGUGCUGAUUUUGAAGAAAGAUUGAAUCAAAGUUUAGCGAUAAGUAAUAGUAGUAAGGUUAACACUUCAUUAAAUAGCACAAUUUCCAAGCUUCUUAAUGAAAACCAGAGCUUGGAUGAUAGUAUAUUAGAUCAAGAUGCAGCAAAUCAAAAGAAAGUUUUGGAAUCAAAUAUUGACGAUGCAGUAACAGAUAAUGAUCACUUAAAAAACAACAAGAACCUGUAUAAGGAAUUACAACAAAUUUUAGAAGGCGAGUCGAGCUUGGACGAAGUUAAGUUAAAAUUGUCUCGUUAUUACGCGCUAUGCGAGAAAAUAGCCGCCGAUAAGACGCAAUUCUCGGCGGAGAAUGUCACUUUGCAAAAGCAACAGGACAGUGAAAACUCGAUGCAAAGGCCUUUGGAAAACUUACAGGUGGAGAAAGAAUUGCUAAGCCAAGAAAUCGAGGGCCUGAUGAAUCGACAUAAAGAAGAACUGGAAUCUGCUAAAGCAGAGUCUGCCAAAGAAAUCAACAGAUUGCGUUCGUUACUGCAGAAUUUCAAGGAUGGUAAUGCAAGCCUAAACGAUCUGAAAAUUGAACUCGAAGCACGUCAUGCUAAAGAGAUGGAGGAAUUGAGGACAUACUUUGAGCAAAAGUGCUUGCAGAUGGAAAAACAGUACUCCGAAGAAGUCUUCAGCCAACAGUCAAAACGAAUUUCCGAUAAUGAUAGCGAAACUGAGGAGCUAACAGACGAUUUAUAUUUUGGUGGUGCCGGAGAUUGUUUGAACGUGUCGAAUUCUCGAGCGGUGACACCUAGUGCUAUCGAAGAAUCCCUGAGGAGCAAGGUUCUAGAUACUGAAAAUCAAGCACGUCUCGAGACGGAGUAUGAGGACAGCAUCCAAGCGUUACGACAGGAGUUGGAACACAAAGUAAAUGAAAUUCAGAAGAUCAAAGCUGAUCAUGAGAAAACGAUCGAAGAACAGAAGGAGUUAUACGAGUGUCAAAUUCGCGAUCUCGAAGCGAAGUUGGAGCAUGCAUUGAUUGUACCCACUGUGCAUCAGUAUUGUCAGACAGAAUGGGAAGCACUGGAAAACGGUGAAUUGUCGAGUCUGCGUGAUGCAUAUAAUCAUCAACUAGAAGAGCAAAUUGCGCUAGCUAGACAGGACAUUGUCAACGCUCUUCAAGAACAAUUUCAGGCAUUAUUAUCCGUCGAAGCAGAUAAGGAAGAUAAUUGGCCUACUGAAUUAUUAGAACUGCGAGAUAAAUUUACGUGCAAUGCUAAGAAAGAAAUCCAAGAGUUGAAAAAAACACAUGGCGCUGAAUUAGCUCGUCUAAAGGAUGAAUAUAAUUGCGUUAUAGCCCAAAUGCUUGAGCAACAUCAGAAAGAAAUUGCCAAACUUAAGAAUACAGAUGACAAACGCGAAGUUGGUCUUGUUGGAGUGUCAUCAAAAAAUAUCAUGGAAGAAAGGGACAAUCUACGAAAGACAUGUGUAACUCUUAAGAAUGUAAUUGAAGAAUUGGAGAACUACUUCACUGUCUGUGAAGAAGAAGUUAACAACACUCUGCUUCACGAAGUUUUAAAAAGACAAUUGUCGGAAUCCGCUUUGGUUGAAGAAAAUUUAAGCAAGAGCGACAACAGUAUUUUAUCCGAAACACCGCAUAAAGACUUACUAAAUCAACAGAUCAAGAGAGUUCAUUUUGCUCCACAAUUGAGUAAAAUAACUUCCAUUGUCAAUAACGAUAACAAAAAGUUACAGAGUUCAAUUGAUGAAGAUGUAAAUGAUAUAUUAAAAAAAGAACUGAAAACAUGUUUGAGACGUUUGAAGUCUGAUAGCACACAAAUUCUUAACCUUUCAUCCUCGUCUGAUGGUGAGGACAAGAUUAUAUCAUCAUCAAACGAGAAUCUUUUAGCAAGCAAAAUUAACGAAGAGCUCUCCUUGAAAUUGAAUCAUGCUGAGGCUUUGAUAGUAAAUUAUCAAGAAGAAAUAGAACAAUUAAAAUUACAUAUUUUGGAACUGCAGCGAAAAUUGAUCAGUGCAGAAAACAAAAAAGAAGUUAUCACGGAAGGAUAUGGCGAAAGCGAUCUUUCUAGAGGUGAUAUUGUGCUACAAGAUUUCUCACAAGUGCAAGAAAAAGCUAGACAUGCGUUAUCUAACGGUGGUGGAGAUAUAUCUUAUUUGUUGCAAUUAAUAGAAGAGCUGUGCAGACAAAAUGACAAAUUAACAGAUGACGCAAGAAAAGAAAGAGAGGAUUUACAACAACAGCAGGUACCUUUAGAACCUAGUCCUACCCCAUACAUUCACAAGGUUUGCUGCAAAAAGAUUGAGGCAGCGGAUAAGCAGUUACGAGCGACGCGUCGGUUUCUGGACGAGCAAGCGAGCGAACGCGAAAUGGAGCGAGAUGAAGCUGCAAAGCAAAUUCGCUUUUUGCAAGAACAGCUCAAGGAACGCGAGCGCGACAAGGAAAGAGAUAUGCGUAUUACUUCUGAGCAGUCUGAGCUAUCAUCUGAAAGAACUUCAGACAACCCUGAACUUCAAACAACUGACAUCAAUGCAGCUGUGGAGGCUCUUGAAUCUCAGAUGAGAGAGAUGUCGUCAUUAAUGUCCGACACUGAGGCAAAGAGAUCAGAAAAGGAGAGCGAGUUGAAGGCUGCAGUGGACAAAAUAUGGGUCUUGCGAGACAUUAUUGGCGAUUUGGAGCAGCAACUGCAAGUCAAGAGUGAAAAGGAAGAAGCCUUGCAAAUGCAGAUUAAUCAAUUGGAAGCAGUAAUAACCGCGCAAACAAAGAAUCAACAGGAGUUAGUUCAAGAACUGGACGCUAUCAAAUCUGGUAGCGAGAAUAGACAUCUGAGCGAGCAAAUCAACCAUUUGCAAGAGGAAUUGAAUAAGCACAAGUUAAGUUCGGAGCACUUUAACGUCAAUUCAUCCGUUUUGAAACAGAUAAAAGCGGAACUACAUGAGAUGCAGAAUCAAUUAGAUAAGAGAAUUCGAGAGAUGGAAUCUGCUCACAUGUGUGGUUCGAACUUGAGUUUGAGUCAGCCGAGCGAAGACGUCUCGAUCAGAGAACAAAUCGACGCAACGAGGUGUUUGACUCCGGACGAUCCAUCAUCGCCACCGAUGCUACCGCUGGAUCAAAUACUCAAGCUGAAAGACAAAAUGCUGAAGCACGCCCGUGCGGAAGAAGUAGCAUUCAAAAGGAUCAAGGAUCUGGAAAUGCAGUUGACAACGAUGAAAAAUCAGAAUGAGGAACUAUUAGCAGAACAAGAGAUCUUGCAUCAGACGGCAUCCGAGCAACUAUUCCAAAUUGAAGCGAUGCGCGGUCGUUUAGAGGAGCACAAACAAAGCGCACCUUUUGCUCAAAAACAAGCGACAUCACGUUUAGAGUUGCAGUUGCAUGAAGCUACUGCAAAAUAUAAUUCUUUGGAACAAACUAUUACUAACAAAGAGAUAGAGUUGAAAGAGUUGAAAGCUCAACUUGAAAGAGCUAAUCAGAUGUUAACAGAGAAAGAAGCUGAAAUGGAAAAUUUUAUGCAAUCGGUAAAUGGCGCUCUACAGAAGAUCGAACGAUUAAAAGAUCAAUUGAAGAUCGUUCAAGAAGAAAAGAAAAUGCUACAGAUAAAACUUGGAACACAGGAACAUGCUCAACUAGAAUUACCGCAACUGAUCGACACCAUCCUAGCCGAUAAGAAUGAGGAAAUCGAUCAUCUAAAGGAACAACUCUCCAAAAAGGAGAAACAAUUGAACGCCUAUUCCUCGCUCGCUUUAGAUGACGUGCAACUACGAGAAUUAACGAAGCAAGUAGAAGCAAAAAACAGUGCGCGAACAUUGAGCGACAUUCUCUCUAUUCAUUCGGAAUGCGAAGAAUUUCCGGAAGCUAUUCGAGCGACUAAUACAACACUUGCGACAUCACAUAAUGUCUCUAGUUUUAAAGUUCCUACAUCUGUGUCAAAGAACACGCUACAGACAAACAGUUUUAACACUUUAGAAACACCAAUGGUCGAUGCAGAUAAGAUACACGCACAAGUACCACCGCUGGAUUUGCAUUCCCAGACGCAUAGUUACAGUAACGGUAAUGUCGGUCACUCCGGAAUGGAGUUGCAACGUUCUGGAGAAGAGUCAAAAUUAUCGUCUCCCAAAAAUAACGAUAUCAGCGAAGAUUCUCGACGAGCUGAGGAAUUACUCAAUGAAAAAAUGAAAGAGAUCGAAAAUUUGUCGAAUCAGUUGCAAGUUCUACAACAAGAGCUAGACUUAAAAUCUGACCUUUUGAACAAAUAUGAGACAGAUUUGAUUACAUUACAAAAACAGUAUCAGAACUUGCAGGAUGAAUUUAAGGAUACAGUUGAUAACUUGGUGCGAGAUAAAAAUUUCUAUAGAGGACAAUAUGAGCUUGCUCAAGCAUCGGAAAGUAAGAUAAAGAAAGAUCUAGAGGAAAUAGAGAACAUCCUGAAAUUGAAGACGGACGAACUCGAAGAUCACAAAGAUAGAAUGCAGGUGAAUGAAAGCAUCAUUACGGAAUUAAACGUAGAAAAUACGAAGUUAAAAAGAGAGAUCGAAGUUAGAGAGAAGGACCAGAAGAAAAGGAACAAUUCCUUGCUGCAAGAAUUGCAAAGCUUCAAAGAGCUCGUCCUAGAUAAAGACAUCGCGUUAGAGACCCUUCAGACGCGUAAUAUUGAGAUUGAAAAUGAGAAUAAGCAACUGUAUGAAUUUAAAACAAAGGUUCAUGCGCGCGAGCGAGAAAUCACAGAGUUGCAGGACGAGAUCCUGCGGCUGACCGAUGGUUUGAACAAUCGAGAUCAAGUCAUUCGUAAAUUGGAAGAAAUGGCGAGACGAAUGAGUGACAUUCAGUCAGGAACAUCCUCGCCGUCUUCUUCUAGCAACAAAGAUCAAGAGAUCCAUCAUCUGCAGGAAUUCCUAAAAGAGAAGGACAAGGUAAUUAGGCAAAUGAGUGACGAUAGUAAGAGUCUGCAUCGAGCAUUGGAGACUAUUCAAAGCAAGAUGAAGGAAUCAGGUAAUAUCGUGGAAUUGAGAAGAAAACUGAAGGAAGAGCGCAGACUAAACGAGGAGCUCAGAGAUACAGUACAGAAGCUUCAAAAGGAAUUGGAGAAUGUUUCUAUGCAACGCUCGCAAGAUGAUAGCGAUAUCGAGGACAUGGUUCAGCGAGAAUUGAAUCUUUCUGCACGAUUGGAUAAACAAAUUAUGCAAGUAAUUAAGGAUGACGAAGUUGUAGAUGGAGUGACAGAGAAUCAUCAUCAAAGGACAAAUGAGGGUUACAAGGACACCGAGUUACUGAAGAAACUAAUGGAUGAUUUAGAAGUCGAACGAGACAUAAUGAGACAUCAGCUCACCGAAUAUGAGAAUCGUAUCCUACAACUGAAAGCGGAUUUAACGGAGGAGGCAAAGAAAGUAGUCAAGCUAGAUAAAGAACUUGUGUCGGAGAGGAACGCGGUGAAAUUCUUGAGGAUGCAAAUAGAAGAACAUCGUCGGAUGGUGGAAGUAGAGCGAAUACGGGACACUCAAUCAAUCGAGUUCCUGCAGACAAAAUUGAAAGCUUCUCUGGAAAACGAGGAGAGGCUUCGUAAUGAGCUAACAUCGAUGAGACACCAACAGAUGAAUCUUGAUUCACAAUUGACAUCCAUGAAGAAAUUGAUAGAAAACGCCAAUAGGAACUUGUCAAAUUUUGCUGCAACCGCGCAAGACGAAUCGGAGAGAACGAGCGGAAAUCUCGAGGAAAGUCGCGAACACAAUGCGGAACUACGGGAGAAUAUAAAGAAAUUGGAGAAUGAGAUUAGUAAAUACAAGAAGAAGUUAGAGAUUGCAAUGGAGGAACAAGAACGAUUAAUCAGCAGUCUGGCAUUAACCAAUGGCCUAAAAGAAAUUCAAGAGGCGGAUCUGCGGAGAAUUACAGAAGAGUUGAAAGCACGAGAAGAAGAUUGUAAUUAUUUACAAAAACAACUAAAGAUAUUAAUCGAAAGCAAGAAGGAAGACCAACGAGACAUUGAGCUGGACGACAUCAAAGAAUUACGCAGGGAGAUCAAUAUUGCUCGAGAAGUUAGGAUGGAGUUGGAGAUUGACUUAAAUCGUGCGAAACAGGAACUGAAGGAAUUCUCAAAUCGGGAAUUAAAGCUCAUUCGCACUGUGGAUGCCUUGAAAGAGCGAGAAACCGAACUUAAUACGAGACUAACAAUUUCAAAAGAAAAAGAGAGGAAACUCAAAGAUUUAAUUGAAAAUGCCCGGGACAAUCCCGCGAAUUUUAUGCAGAAAAUUAAGGAGCUAAAUGAAACAAUUGACAGAUGUGUUAUGGAGAAAAGUAAUCUUGAAGAUAAAAUCGGCAAGAUGAGGUCACAAAGAGAAAUAUUGUCGCAACGGGUAAAGUUGCUCGAAAAGCAACUUGUGAAACAAAAAAUUCCUGCCGAAAGGUUACAAAACUUCUAUGGCAAAUAUCUAAGAGCAGAAAGCAGACGGAAAGCGUUAGGCUAUCAGAAAAAGUACCUACUGUGCGCCAUUGGUAGCUAUCAAUAUUGCGAAGAAAACACGCUAUGCGUGCUUGCGCAGCUGACUCAAGAUCAACGGUCUUACACGCGACUACCUCACAGCAGGAAAGUGCGUUUCAAGAUUGUCGUGAUCGUAAUAGUCAGUAUACACAGGAUGAAGUGGUUGAUCCAACGCUGGCGAGUGGGGAAACGCGUGGGUGCUGAUGUUAUCAUGGGUGGUAUUGAUCAAUUAAUUGAUUUACCGCCUGUCCGGAGAAUAACAUCGAAUCAUUCUCCACCCGUGAGAGAAAGAGCGUCAAAUGGAGGUAGCGGGUUUUUGCUCGAACAGUAUUACCAAGAAGUAAGAAAUUUCCAAGAGACACUCGGCUCAGUUAAGGCAGAGCCUGGUACUAGUCAUAUUAUUUCAGAAUAACAUUAUAUGUAUAUUUUUAGAAUAUGUAGUUUAGCUGUACAGUGUUAAUAUUAUGAAUAUCGUGUAAUUACUCAAAUAGCAUAUCAUACAGAGUUCGCGUUUUUUAAAGAUAGGUUAUUAAUGACUCAGCAAUUUUUUAAUUCCUUUAGAUUUUUUGACAAAUACUUUUGAAACUUUACAUUGAAUCUACAUUUUGAUAUCUUACAAAACCUAGUUUUACAUAUAUAAAGUUAAAUUUCUUUAUCGAGUUUUUGAAAAUUUAAAUUCGUUAAUUAAAUUUUUAACGUUAAAUUUGCGAUUCUACUUCAUUUAUAUUUUUCAUUUUCUUGAUAAACGCGCUCUGUAUUUUGUGACUAAAUUGCAAUCGUCGAUGAUCGAUCUGCAUGGGAUUUCUAUUUCCGUUCGACUGCACGUUUUGCAUCGCCCUAAUUAAUCAUGAACAACCAAUGGUGAGAAUGUGAAUUUCGUCAGCUCGACCGGAAAUGAUUGGAACUGGGCAUUUAUACGGACUUUAUAAUAGACUGCCGGUUUUUAUAUAUUUUUAACUCAUUACCGUUUUCAUGUGAGACUUUGAUUGAUGCUGUCUUUCUCUUAUUGAUCUUGGUGACGCAACUCGAAGCGCCACUUAUAAAUUGCGAGAAACAUGAAUAAUGAAACGUUAUUAAUAAAGUAAGAAGGAUGUGUGCAUGUAAAGUACGUUUUAACGUUGUAAGACAUAGGAGAGGCUUUUAUCGAAUGUUAGCGAAGUAAAAGCAAUUUCUGUAGAAAAAAAACAUCGGUUUUAAGCCAGAUAUUGCUUUUACAGCAUAUUGUUAUUGUGUAAGUUAUAUAGGUAUAUUAUAAGUAGUAUAUAAAUAUGCGAACCUGCGUGCCUUGUACGCCGUAAAAUGCGUUUAGUAUUUAUUUAUCAACGGAUUGUAAUAAGCUUUUUAUAUAUCACAAGUUGCAUGUUGUUUUCCUGAUGCCUGUAAUAAAGAAUCAAUUUUUUUAA